AUGGCAACCCAACAAAACCAUUAUAGGUCUAUCAGCUUCCCUUCAAGAUCAUCAAAAUCCACGAAUUUUCAAGCCCACAUACAAAACCUCAAAUCUCUUGAAACUAACCUCACCUCGGAAGCCAUUCAGGCUGCGGUUCUAAACCUCGCCGAAUUACACAACUUCGUACAAGAAUCACUUGCCCAAUCUCAAAAUUCUCAAAACACAAACUCGUCGAUCGAAGAAUCCCUUUCGGCCUCGGUCGAUUUCCUCGACGUCUGCAGCAGCAUUCGGGACCUCGCGCAGAUGAUCGGAGAAAACGUCCGGUCCCUUCAAUCCACUAUACGAAGGAAGGGCCUCGAUUUUUCCCACAUCGAAAACGAGAUGAAUUCGUAUUCCUGUUUCAGAAAAAGGGCGAACAAAUUCGCGGCGAAAACCGUUAAAUCACUUAAGAAUAUGGAAAGCAAGAACCGGUCGAGUCUUUCGUCCCCGGUUGACGAAAACGGCGGUUUCGCCGGGGUUUUAAGUGAUUUGGGUGGCCUGACGAUAGCCAUUUUGAAGAGCACUCUCUUUUUCUUGUCCUGUUCAGAAGCUGGCAAAUCCGGCGGCUGGAAAUUGAUUUCCAGGUCUCAUAGUCGUAAUAAUUGUCGGUUUAUUAGCGAGCUCGAGAGUGCCCGGCUACCGCACGACCGCAAGCUACCGCACGCCCAGCAAGACUCUCGACCUCGCGAAAAGCACGGCGACCUCGCGAGUGCCGCCUGCUCCAUUCGCGUGUUCGCGGAUCUCCCGGCGAGCUCGAGAGUUCCGUGA